CAAAUUUCAAAUUCCGUUGGAACUAUUGUAUUAAUCAGGCUUGGACCUUUGUAUUAAAAGGCUUCGGUUUCAUAUAAAGAGGCUCGUCAAAGAAAUAGAGAAAGAAGCCCACAUAAAACACAAUGGACGAUGAACAAGAGCAGCACUUGAAGGCAGCUUUUGGCGAUUCAUCAGAUGAUGAUGAACAACAACACCUCGCCGAUCGGCCGGAGAAAGAAACUCCAGCGAUCGGAGAUUCGACGGAAUGGGAGCGAGUUGAGGAUAUCGAUGGUCUAUGGCUCUGCAGAAACUUUCUCUCUGUUCAUCAUCAGUCUGAUUUACUCUCCGCCAUUCUAAAUGAAGGUUGGUUCGUUGAAGAAUCUAUCAACCAGGCGAUGAGAUUUGGUGAUCUUCCUUCAUGGGCAACAGAAGUAUCUGAUCUCAUACGCGAGACUGUUGAAUCUGUUGAUCUCCCACUGUUGCCUGCUGAUUUACUGUGGAGAGAACCUCUUUUCGACCAGCUCAUUGUCAAUUUAUACCAACCAGGUGAGGGGAUCUGUGCACAUGUUGAUCUGCUGCGUUUUGAAGAUGGAAUUGCCAUUGUUUCUCUGGAGUCACCUUGCGUGAUGCGGUUCAGUCCUGUAGAAGAAAAGGAAGAAGAUGAAGGUGUGGUGGAUGUUUUGUUGAGCCCAGGAUCUCUCAUUCUCAUGUCUGGAGAUGCUCGGUAUCGAUGGAAACACGAGAUUAAUCGAAAGCAGAUCGGGUUUCAGGUAUGGGAAGGAAAAGAAAUUGAUCAGAAACGAAGAAUCUCCAUCACCUUGAGAAAGCUAUGUCAAGCUUAAACUGUGACUAGCUAAAUUUAUGUCAUCUUUUUGUGUGUGUGUAUGAUUUAAUUAAUAAGAACUUUUAGUCCUCACAAGAGAAGCUGUAAAUUAUGUUUUGCUGCCAGAAAAUCAAAGAACCUGUAGAAGUUACCAAUGGCAGCUUCCAAGGCUUUGAUGAUACCAACCGCAGCUUCCCUUUUGGACAAGACGGCAACCAAUCGCAGCUUCCCUUUUGGACAAGACGGCAACCAAUCGCAGCUUCCCUUUUGGACAAGACGGCAAUAAUACAAAUUUUAUUAGGCUGUCGGGAUUUCGGUUUGGUUAUAUGGCAAAAAAAGAAGAAGUAGAUUUUGGUUUGGUUACAAGUUUUGGGUUUAGAAAUCAAGUUCUAGUUAGUUUGAGAGUCUAGGGACCAAAGUUUAAGAUCUUCAAUAUUUGUCUUUUGAUGAAAUCAGUUUUCUUUAUAUAAUAAAUAUGGAUGAACUUUUAGGUUUUUACUUUUGACAAUUAUGUAGAAUCCAAACCAUUGAACAAAGAAAAAG